GGAUUCUGCACAGCAGCUGCCGGUUCCAGGCCGGCUUCUGGGAGCAGAAGAGACGACGGGAGCGCUGAGCUGUUGGCUGGGCUUCUUGGGGGCAGCACCGCCGCCCGGGCGUGGGGAUGAUGGUCGGUGCAGCAACGGCGGGAGAUGGGGCAUCGCCGAACCCCGGCCCGGCUGCAGUCUCGCUGGGCUUGAGCGUGGCUGUGGUCUCUAGCCUGGUGAAUGGGUCCACGUUCGUGUUGCAGAAGAAAGGGAUCGUACGGGCAAGAGGACGAGGAACUUCAUAUUUAACUGACAUAGUAUGGUGGUCAGGCACUAUUGCAAUGGCUCUGGGUCAGAUUGGGAAUUUCUUAGCCUACACUGCAGUUCCUACUGUUCUAGUGACUCCCCUUGGAGCACUUGGAGUUCCAUUUGGAUCCAUUUUAGCUUCCUAUUUAUUGAAAGAAAAACUCAACAUUCUUGGCAAGUUGGGCUGUCUGCUGAGCUGUGCAGGUUCUGUUGUUCUCAUAAUCCAUUCUCCAAAGUCUGAAAGUGUCACCACUCAGGCAGAGCUUGAAGAGAAGCUCACAAACCCAGUGUUCGUGGGGUACCUCUGCAUUGUGCUUCUCAUGCUGCUUCUACUUAUCUUCUGGAUUGCACCAGCUCACGGACCCACUAAUAUUAUGGUUUACAUCAGUAUUUGCUCACUGUUAGGAAGUUUCACAGUGCCUAGCACAAAAGGCAUAGGACUGGCUGCCCAAGAUAUCUUUCACAAUAAUCCCUCAAGCCAAAGAGCACUGUACCUCUGUUUGGUUCUGUUGGCAGUAUUAGGAUGUAGCAUCAUCAUUCAGUUCAGGUACAUUAAUAAGGCUUUGGAAUGUUUUGACUCUUCAGUGUUUGGUGCCAUUUACUAUGUGGUAUUUACCACUCUGGUCUUGCUAGCUUCAGCCAUCCUUUUCAGAGAAUGGAGCAAUGUUGGAGUGGUUGAUUUCUUAGGGAUGGCUUGUGGAUUCACUACUGUAUCUAUUGGAAUAGUUCUUAUACAAGUUUUCAAAGAGUUCAGUUUCAGUAUUGGGGAUGUGAAUAAGCCUAAUAUGAAGACUGAUUAGGAUCCUAAUAGUUGAUCGGUUGGAUGGCCAGGGGAUGAUGAGCCUUUAAUUUCUAGGCCAAAGGAAUGACAGAAUCUUUAAUUUCUAGGCUAAGAUAAAAACAGGAAUGGAUGGAAUAUAUGAAAUUAGGGCCCCCCCAUCCAGUUUCUCUACUGAUGCCACACUUCAACCAUAUAAGAGCUUUAAGUGGAAUAAUCUUACAAUUUUCCCAGCAUAUGGGUAAGAAUUACAUCAGUAUAGAGACUGAUAUAUUUCUUCACUCUUAAAGGUGAUUUGUGUUGAGAAGAGUCGAAGCAUUCAGCAUAUCAGAAUGGAGGAACCAUUCAAAAUGGCUACCUUCAAUGUUCUUGCUGUGGGAAUAAACCAAUUCAGGUUCUUCUGUGCUCAACUUGACAGAUGACAUGACUCAUAAAUGGUCCUUUUGAAAAUAUAGAUACACUUCAAAACUGAAAUUGAAUUUUUCCUCCCCUAUAUUAUUGUCAUGUUUAUUGUUUUCAUAGCUUUAUUAGGGGGUUCUAAAAAUGCCGUUUCAGUAUCUAUAUAUUAACGUAUUUAUUUCCUUUACUAACCGCAUCUGCAUUUUGGACUGUUCAUGGGAAGUUUAGAAUUGACCAAGGCAUAGAGCAGUGCAUUUAUUACUUAAAACAUGCCUUCUCUUACCAGUCAAAAGUUACUCACUGACUUCAGUAAACACAUAAUUCACUUUGCAGAUAUGCCUUUUGUUGACAACUAUAAUUUGAAGUGCAUUAACAUUUGUCAUUCAUUUAUGAGCUCUUAAUGACCAACAGAAAAAUAUUGUGAGGGGUUGUGGCAGAUUGUAACCACUCUUCUACCUUUUUUUGGUAGAUCAUUUCUAAACACUUGGAAACUACUUCAGUGCCUUUUGUAUUACUAAAAUACCACAUAAUUUGAA